GGGCGGCGGAGCGCGGCGCGGCGGGCGGUUGGCGGCGCCGCUCGUCCCCGGCAGCAGCCAGCGAGACCGGCCCCGGCCCUGCCGCUGCCGCCGUGCGGGGCCGUGGUGGCGGCGGUGGCCGCGAAGCCCUGAGAGCCCGCCGGGGAGCAGGACUGAGCGCUGAGAGCGGCGCCCCCCGCCCGGGCUGCACCCGAGGGGAGAGGCGGCGAGCGGGGAGCCGCGGCGGCCAUGGGCAACGAGGCGAGCCUGGAAGGAGGCGAAGGGCUGGGCGCCUUCCCCGAAGGGGCGGCGGCAACCGGGGAUGGCGGCGGCCCUACGGCCCCCUUGGAGAGCCUGGUCCCGGCCGGGGUGGAGGCAGACCUGAGCCAGCUGAGCGAGGAGGAGAGGAGGCAGAUCGCCGCUGUCAUGUCAAGGGCGCAGGGGCUGCCCAGAGGGAACCUCGCCGCCGCGGAGCCGCCUCCCAUGCAAAGACAUCCUGAGCUUGAUACAAGACCCCGGCAACCAGGUAAGCCUCCAGAUCCAGGACCACCAAGUUUAAGUAAAAGCAGAACAGUAGAUGUGCUGAAGACAGAACAACGAGCACCUGGACGGAGCCCUUCUUCUAUUAGUCUGAGGGAAUCAAAGUCCAGGACUGAUUUUAAAGAAGAUCAGAAGCCAAGUAUGAUGCCCAGUUUUCUUUCAGAAGCCAAUCCAUUGAGUGCAGUCACUUCAGUUGUGAACAAAUUCAAUCCUUUUGAUUUGAUAUCAGAUUCAGAUGCAGCCCAAGAAACCAGUAGGAAACAAAAGGUUACCCCAAAAGAGCAAGGGAAACCUGAGGAGCAGAGGGGCCUUGCAAAACAUCCAGCUCAACAACAGCCUCCAAAGCCAGCUGUUCAACAACAAGGACCUGCCACACCUACUGCCCAGCAAACUGAGUCUUCCAAACCAGUGCCUCAGCAGCAGCACCCUGGGGAACCAAAGCAAGUUCAGAAACCAGGCCCUGGUCAGCCGGCAGACUCAAAGGUAGAACAAGCGAAACAACCACCCCAGCCACGAGGACCACAAAAAUCUCAGCCCCAACAGUCAGAACCAUCGAAGCCCGUUCAACAACAGCCGUCUGCAAAACCUUCAUCAGGCCCAACAAAACCAUCACCACAGCAAACAGACAAUGUUAGACCAUCAUCCCAAGCACCACCUCCCACAAAACCAUCAUCGCAGCAGCCAGGACCUGUAAAACAACCAUCUCAGCAGCCGGCACGGCAAGGAGGUCCUGUAAAGCCAUCUUCACAGCAAGCAGGGCCUCCAAAGCAGCCUUCUCAACAGCCUGGACCUGAAAAGCUGUCUGCUCAGCAAACAGGACCUGCAAAACCACCAUCGCAGCCUGGACCUGGGAAGCCACCUCCGCAGCAAACAGGACUUGUAAAACAAGUGCCACCACAGGCAGGGCCAGCAAAACCAUCUUCUCAGCCUGCAGGGGCCACAAAGCCCCUGGCACAACAACCAGGACCUACAAAACCACCAAGCCAGCAACCAGGGCCUGAAAAGCCCUUGCAGCAAAAGCAAGCUGGUGCAACCCAACCUACCGAGUCUGCCCCAAAGAAAACCUUCUGUCCUCUUUGCACAACCACUGAACUGCUGCUGCAUGUUCCAGAAAAGGCCAAUUACAACACGUGCACGCAGUGUCAUACUGUAGUCUGCAGCCUGUGUGGAUUCAAUCCCAAUCCUCAUAUAACAGAGAUUAAUGAAUGGCUCUGUUUAAACUGCCAGAUGCAAAGAGCGUUAGGUGGUGACCUAGCGCCAGGUCGUGGUCCUGGGCCACAGCCACCUCCGCCCAAACAGAAGACACCCAUUCCAUCUUCCCCAGCUAAACCAUCUCCCCAGCCACAGCCAGCUCAAAAGAAAGAUGCUUCUCCAAAACCUGAUCCUUCUCAGUUGACAGAAUCGAAGAAACCCUUGCCACAGAAAAAGCAACCCUCCUUGCCUGGGUCUCCCCCUGCAAAAUCGAAACAACCCCGUGCCGAGCCGACUGAGACCUCCCAGCAAAUAGAUCCUACUCCAAAGUUUGAUCAGGCCAAGCCACCACAGGCUGAAGAUAAGCAAAAACAACCCAGUAUACAGAAGCCCUUAGCAGACACUGUGCCUACUUCUGCAGCACCAGGGCCGAAACAGGAUUCGGCAGGUCCCAGACCUUCACCAGCUCAACAGAAAGUGAUAGAUUCCCCAAAGCCGGAGCUUGCCAAGCUGCCACAGGACACACAGCCAGCUGGGGACAAACCAGAUUCCAAAGCUCUUCCACAAGUGUCUUGGCAGAAGUCAGAUCCCAAACUUGUGUCUCAGCCUGGGGCUAGACCAGAUGCUAAAAUUCAAAAGCCUGCUGAGCCGACACAAGCAAAAGAUGAUCCUAAGAAGUUGCAGACAAAACCGUCCCCAAAGCCUGAUGCCAAACCAGCUCCCAAGGGCACACAAGCAGGGGCAGGUCCCAAGCCAGUGCCAGCCCAGCUGGCACCUCAACCCCAGCCUCCUCAGAAAACUCCAGAGCAGCCAAGGCGUUUCAGCCUUAAUCUGGGAGGCAUCACGGAUGCCCCUAAGCCUCAGCCUACAACACCACAAGAAACAGUCACUGGGAAACUCUUUGGAUUUGGAGCUUCAAUCUUCAGCCAGGCCUCAAAUUUAAUCUCCACAGCGAGUCAGCCGGGGUCUCAGACAUCAGGCCCUGCUCCGCCUGGUCCUGCAGUGAAACAGCCUCAGCCUCCAUCACAGCCUCCAGCCUCUCAGGCAGCUCCCAAAGAGGCUGGUCAGGCUCAGCCUCUUCCAAAAGCUGCUCCCGUGAAGAAAGAAGCCAAGCCCCCUAUGACUGAAAAACCAGACCCAUCAAAAGUGGAUGGUGUUUUAACAGCUAAAGCGUCUGAUUUAGAAAAGAAACCUGGUUUGACUAAAGACAGCAAGCCCCAGGCUGCUGAAACGAAGAAACCUGCUGGGCUGUCGGAACCAGAGAAAGCCAGCCAGCCUAAAGAGUCUUGUCCCCUUUGUAAAACUGGACUAAAUAUUGGUUCUAAGGAUCCCCCCAACUUUAAUACAUGUACAGAGUGCAAGAAAGUUGUCUGCAAUCUCUGUGGAUUUAACCCGAUGCCUCACAUAGCAGAGGUACAGGAAUGGCUGUGCUUAAACUGCCAGACCCAAAGGGCAAUGUCAGGACAACUUGGGGAUAUGAGCAAGGUCCCACUUCCGAAAACAGGCCCUUCACAUCCAGUAUCCAAACUACCUGCCACUCCACAAAAACAGCCUGUGCCUGCUGUCUCACAUUCCCCUCAGAAGACUUCCACACCGCCUACUCCAGCAGCAGCAAAACCAAAAGAAGAACCAGGCGUUCAGAAGGAAGUUCCAAAACUUCCACAGGGGAGAUUGGAAAAAACGUUGUCAGCAGAUAAAAUCCAACAAGGAAUUCAGAAAGAAGAUGCAAAACAUAAGCAGGGAAAACUUAUCAAGACACCCUCAGCUGAUAAAAUCCAACGCGUUUCUCAGAAGGAAGACCCAAGACUCCAGCAAACAAAACUGACAAAGACAGCCUCAUCUGAUAGAAUUUUGCAUGGAGUUCAGAAGGAGGAUGCAAAAUUUCAAGAGGCAAAACUGGCAAAGACAUCCUCAGCUGAUAAAAUUUUGCAUGGAGUUCAAAAGGAAGACCUGAAACUUCAGGAGGCAAAAUUGGCAAAGGUACACUCAGCUGACAAAAUUUUGCAUGGAGUUCAAAAGGAAGACCUGAAACUUCAAGAGGCAAAAUUAGCAAAGGUACCCUCAGCUGACAAAAUUUUACAUGGAAUUCACAAAGAAGACCCAAAACUCCAACAGUUGAAAAUGGCAAAGGCACUGUCAGCUGACAAAAUCCAGCCUUCAGCUCAGAAGGAAGAUGCACAACUUCAGGAGGUCAAAUUGUCAAAGGCAGUUUCAGUUGAUAAAAUCCAACAUGGAAUUCAGAAAGAAGAUCCAAAACUUCAAGAUGAGAAAAUCAUGAAAACUUCAUCAGUGGAGAAAAUCCAACAGGAGGCUCAAAAAGAAGAAUCAAAACUUCAGCAAGGGAAACUGUCAAAGACACUUUCAGCAGAUAAAAUUCCUGCAACAGUAAGUUCAGACCAAAAGAAACCCCAGAGCACAUUGGAAGAAGAUAAAAAACCUGUGCUCCCAGAAAAGAGCACACCACAUCCAGAGGACAAAAAAGAACAAAUUACAGCUGAGACUAAAGACCAUGCUGCUGAACAGAAAGCAGAAGUUGAUGCCCCUUGCAAGGGUCUGCAAGCUAAGAAGCAAGAGGAUGUUAAGAAAGGUUUGACAACUGGUAUUUCACAAAUGGUUUUGAAAGCAGAAAAAGCUCAGGAAGAAGAAAUUCCUGUUCAAGCAGCACCUGUGCCAGGAACUGACCAUGUGGAAGCAGUGAAAGAAAAAACAGAAAAGGAGGAUGACAAAUCAGACACAUCAAGCUCUCAGCAACAGAAAAGUCCACAAGGUCUGAGUGACACCGGGUAUUCUUCUGAUGGGAUAUCAAGUUCACUUGGUGAAAUUCCAAGUCAUAUCCCCAGUGAUGAAAAGGAUUUACUCAGAGAAUCUCAUAAAAAAGAUACUGUUUCACAAGAAAGUCCACCAAGCCCCUCAGAUCUAGCUAAAUUGGAAAGUACUGUACUAUCUAUUCUGGAAGCUCAGGCAAGUACACUUUCUGAUGAAAAAUCUGUGAACAACAAAGAGCUUUAUGAAAUGUAUGGUGAACAGACAAAGGAUCAACAUAAACCAAAGCCUUUGCCAGUCACUCCAGAAUUUUACAGUUCAGAUGAGGAAGACUUAGAAGCUAUUCAAGAAUGUGAAAGAACCAUUGUAGAAGAUGGUAAGGGAAGUGCUUCCUCCCAGGCAGACUACAAGGAAGAAGAUGAAGGAGAUGACAUAUUGGCAAGAAGACAACGCUAUGAUUCUGUGGAAGACAGCAGUGAGAGUGAAAACUCACCUGUCCCAAGGAGAAAAAGAAGAGCUAGUAUAGGUUCUUCAAGCAGUGAUGAGUACAAACGAGAUGACAGUCAGGGAUCAGGUGAUGAGGAAGACUUCAUUAGAAAACAGAUUAUAGAGAUGAGUGCUGAUGAAGAUGCCUCAGGUUCUGAAGAUGAUGAGUUCAUUAGAAGUCAACUCAAAGAGAUCAGUGUAACUGAAAGCCAAAGGAAAGAAGAAGUGAAAAGCAAAGCCAAAGGAACAGCUGGAAAACAUAGAAGAAUGACACGGAAAAGCAGUGCAGGCUAUGACGAGGAUGCAGGAAGAAGACAUUCAUGGCAUGAUGAUGAUGAUGAGACUUUUGAUGAAAGCCCAGAGCCAAAAUACAGGGAAACUAAAAGUCAAGACAGUGAAGAACUUGCAGUAACUGGAGGAGGAGGCCUUCGGCGUUUCAAAACAAUAGAAUUAAAUAGUACAAUAACAAACAAAUAUUCUCAAGCAUCCGAACAACAGAAAGGUAUUUUAUAUUUUGACGAAGAGCCUGAGCUAGAGAUGGAGAGUCUUACCGAUUCACCAGAAGACAGAUCUAGAGGAGAAGGGUCUUCUAGUUUACACGCUUCUAGUUUCACACCAGGUACGUCUCCUACUUCAGUGUCAUCACUUGAUGAAGAUAGUGACAGCAGUCCUAGUCACAAAAAACUGGGAGGGGAGAGCAAACAACAGCGCAAAGCCAGACAUCGGUCACAUGGUCCUCUUCUUCCAACUAUUGAAGAUUCUUCAGAAGAAGAAGAACUACGGGAAGAGGAAGAACUGCUAAAGGAACAAGAGAAACAGCGUGAAUUAGAACAGCAACAAAGAAAAAGUUCAAGCAAAAAAUCUAAAAAGGACAAGGAUGAACUAAGAGCUCAGAGAAGAAGAGAACGUCCAAAGACUCCACCAAGUAAUCUUUCUCCCAUUGAAGAUGCAUCUCCAACAGAAGAAUUACGACAAGCAGCAGAAAUGGAAGAGCUGCACAGAUCUUCCUGUUCUGAAUAUUCACCUAGUAUUGAGUCAGAUCCGGAAGGAUUUGAGAUCAGCCCAGAAAAAAUAAUAGAAGUACAAAAAGUUUACAAAUUGCCUACUGCUGUCUCUCUCUACUCACCAACAGAUGAACAACCAAUUGGACUCCCAAAAGAAGAAAAUGGUCAAAAGACAUUGAAAAGUGCUGAAGAGGUAUAUGAGGAGAUGAUGCAUAAGUCCAAGUCAUUUCAAAUUGCAAAUGAAAAAGAUGAAGUAUUUGAAAAAGAAUCUUUAUAUGGUGGAAUGCUAAUAGAGGAUUAUAUUUACGAAUCUUUAGUAGAGGAUACUUACAAUGGAACUAUUGAUACCAAUCUUGUCAUGAGACAAGAUGAGAGCAAUGAUUAUAUACAACAGAGAGGAAAAGAGAAAAAAAUAAGAGCUUCAGAGCAGAUCUAUGAGGAACCACAGAAAAUUACUGAUCUACAGAAAGACUACUAUGGUGUUGAGACUUUACAUUCCAUGAUGCCUCAAGAAGAUAUUGUUUCUAGUUCUUACAUUAUCCCAGAAAGUCAUGAAAUAGUUGUAUUAGACAGCACAGUAACUUCCACCACUGAGGAAAAGCAGUUGUUAGAUGCAGAAGCUGCUUAUGAAGAGCUUAUGAAAAGACAGAGAAUGCAGCUAACCCCAGGGUCCAGUCCAACACAACCAACUUCAGGUUUUGUUCCCACAUCUGAUACACAGGUAUCUAGUGUUGGAGAAACAGUGGAUAGUACAUCCUUAACAUCAAGCACUACUUCAGCAAUCUCAGAUGUAUCACCUGUCAGUAGCACAGCACUUUCUAUUCCAGAUGUUAAAAUAACACAGCAUUUUACAGCAGAGGAAAUUGAAGAUGAAUACUUAACAGAUUAUGCCAGAGAAAUUCAAGAAAUAAUUUCUCAUGAAACAUCAAUGUUGACAUACUCUGAGACAUCAGAAGGUGCUGCAUCAAUAUUACCUUCUGAUACAGCUUCCUUAACAUCAUCUACAUCUUCAGUUUGUACCACAGAUAGUUCAUCACCUAUAGACAGUGCAACCACAGGUUAUGUAGAUACAGCAGAUGCUGUAUGUAAGCUAGCAGAUUCUGAAGGUGUCAGGAUAAUAACCCAAGUUCCCUUAACAUCUACAAAAGAGUACUAUGAAGUGAGCAUGCCUUAUGAAUCUAUUGCUGAAGCCACUAAAAAGCCAUCUAUAGCAUCAGAUAAGGAAAGUGUGGAUCAACCUGCAGUUUGUUUGCCUGAAACUGCACCUUCAGUAGUGGCAACUACAGUUAUAAAACCCAAGCAAUAUGCAGAUGAUACCAUUACCUUUGAUACCUCCAAAUCAGAAAAGGAAGCAGCUAGGAUAAUUAAAAGUACGGUAGAGGCUGGCACUGUCAAAAUUCAUCAUGAAGAUUCACACAAAGAAUUGGGUGUUGGUAUGACAAGGAUUAAUUUGAUUAGCACUGCAUCUGAGCAGCCACCUGUAUGUGUCGUGUCAGUACCAGUUACAGAGCCUGCAUCAGAAACAUCUUCUGUACCUACUCCCAGUGUUGUAAGUAAGACCAGCAUGGUCUCUGUGCCUUCCUCAGCUCCUGCUAUAACAGCCAAAGUAUUCUCGCUUUUUAGAAGCUCUUCUUUGGAUUCUCCUGCACAACCUUCUCCACCCUCACCUCCUCCUCCUCCACCACUUCCUCCACCACCAUUACCUCCACCUAUUUUACCCAAGCCAGCCAUUUAUCCCAAAAAGAAGUCACAGAUUAAGACUCCAGCAGCAACAGCUCCCACAGUGGUACCUUCAGUCACAAGUGUUCCAACACUAGAGUCCACUGCUGUAUUAAAGAAUCAUGUGGUACCUAUCACAAAAACAUACACCCCAACACCACCUCCUGUACCACCCAAACCAUCCUCCAUUCCAGCAGGGCUUGUUUUCAGUCACAGGCCCACUGAAGUAACCAAACCUCCAAUUGCUCCUAAACCAGCAGUUCCUCCACUCCCAAUAGCUGUUCAUAAGCCAGCAGAAACACAGCCCAAACCAAUAGGUUUGUCAUUGACUUCAAGUAUGACUCUGAAUUUGGUCCCUGCAACUGAAUACAAAAUAGCGUCUCCCACUUCCCCUUUGUCUCCACACUCUAACAAAUCUUCACCAAGGUUGACAAAACCCUCACAGGAAACCUAUGUUGUCAUCACAUUGCCAUCUGAGCCUGGAACUCCCACAGAAGCUAUAACUAGUCAGGCUGUUACCAGCUGGCCUUUAGAACCACCUUCUACAGAACAGAUUCCCCAGCCUAUGCAAGCAAUUUUUACUCCACCCAUGAAAACUAUGGAAAUUCAAAGUAUGGCGGAUCAGAGUAUGUAUAUUUCAGGUGCUUUGCAAGCUAUUCCAGCCACAACACAGGCAACUUUUGAAAAAAUGCCUGGUUUAAAAUCAGAAGUAGUAACAACAGAGGUAACCAAGACCACAGUGUCUGUGGUUAAGGGCCCAGUGCCCGGUUUUGGUUUAGGUAGUGUUGCUAUUACUAUACCUCCAGAGCCACUACACAUAGGAGAUCAACCCAGGUAUAGAGAGAAUGGAAGAUUCCAUCCACUGGGCGAUGUCAUAGAUCUUCGCACUUUGACUAAGAUGGAUAUUGAAAUGAGAGACAGCUGUAUGGAUCUGUCUGCUGUUUCCGUGGAUGUGAGAAGGCAAAUGCCACCAAGUGAUUCAUGUGGGCGGCCAGUAAGUACUGUCCAGCCAGCUAUAAUAAAUCUUAGUACUACAUGCGUUGCUGAUCCUUCUCUGUCUGUAGUCACUGAGACAGUAACUGUAGUGACCUGCACUGCCACUGUAAGCUACACUGCCAGUACAGGCAGCCUUGUGGAUCUGGGGCAUGCGAUGACAACGCCGCUGCAGCUAACAACAGCAAAGCAUUUUGAGCCUGCAUACAGAGUAACAGGCAGCCAGGCAUUCUCUGCAGGUAGACAUGAAGUGCCAAUAAAUUUAUCCCUAGGUAGUGCAACCCAUGCAGUGACAUGGGCUACCACAAAGCCUGUUACUGUACCACCUGUUGGUGUUACAAAUGGUUGGACUGAUCUCUCCACUGCUCAGGAGCCUAUGGAGAGUGGAGCAGUUGACCUUAGCACUACAAAAUCCCACAGAACAGUAGUAACAAUGGAUGAAGCUACUUCAGAUAUCAUAACAACAGUGAUAGAAGAUGAUGAAAAGCCUGUGGAUCUGACUGCAGGGAGAAGAGCUGUCUGCUGUGAUAUGGUUUAUAAAUUGCCAUUUGGUAGGAGCUGUACAGCACAGCAGCCACCAACUACACUUCCUGAAGAUCGCUUUGGUUACAGAGAUGACCAUUAUCAGUAUGAUCGUUCAGGAUCAUAUGGCUACCGAGGAGUGGGAGGUAUGAAACCAUCUAUGUCUGACACAAAUUUAUCGGAAGCUGGACUGUUUGCCUACAAAAGCAAGAAUAGCUUUGAUUAUCGAGUUGGGGCAACUGAUGCAGCAGUAGAUCUUACUUCUGGAAGAGUUACUACAGGUGAGGUUAUGGAUUACUCAAGCAAGACUACUGGUCCUUAUCCAGAGACUCGGCAGGUGAUUUCUGGCAUCGGGCUCAGUACACCACAGUAUUCCCAAGCAAGAAUGGUAUCAUCUUUGGGUUCCCAGUUUGGUGUUGGAAGUGUUUUAAGAUCAUCCAAUGGUGUUGUUUAUUCUUCAGUAGCGACUCCAAUCCCAUCUACAUUUGCCAUCACUACACAACCCGGUUCUAUUUUUAGUACAUCUGUCAGAGAUUUACCUGCUCUCCAGACAAUUGACUCGGUGCCUUCUUUAUCAACUUUGCAACAAAGUCAACCUCUCCCAAGAUCAUACAGUUUCUUGACAACAGUGGCAGCUGAAAAAGAUAGUGCAAUUACUGCCGUUGAGAUGGAGACAGGGUUACCACCUCUUACUAUAGAAACUAUUACCACUGAGCCAACCAGCUUGAUACCCACUUUAACUACAGCAUCUGAAGUUUAUACAGAUGUAAUUGAAGAUGAGGUUGCCCUUCUCAUUGCCCCUGAAGAAGGCAAACAGCAGCAGCUUGACUUGGAGCGAGAACUUCUUGAGCUUGAGAAAAUUAAGCAGCAGCGCUUUGCAGAAGAGCUGGAAUGGGAACGUCAGGAAAUUCAAAGAUUUAGGGAACAAGAAAAGUUUAUGGUGCAAAAAAAGCUUGAGGAGUUGCAAUCCAUGAAACAUCAUCUCCUAUUUCAACAAGAGGAGGAACGACAAGCUCAGUUUAUGAUGAGGCAAGAGACAUUAGCCCAGCAGCAGUUGCAGCUUGAACAAUUCCAACAACUUCAACAACAGCUCCACCAACAGUUGGAGGAGCAAAAAAUUCGUCAAAUAUAUCAGUAUGGUUAUGACCCUUCGGGAACUGGCUCGCCACAAGCUACCACAGAUCAAACACUUUUGGAAGGACAAUAUGCAACCACAGAAAAUGGCCAGUUUUGGCCUGCUGAUGAUGCAACCACUACAGCUUCGGGAGUGCUGGGUAUUGAAAUUCCACAAAGCCAAACAUGGUAUACAGUACAGUCUGAUGGCAUUACCCAGUACAUACCCAGGUCUGGUAUCCUAAGCUCUGCUUCAGAAAUGUCUCUUAAGGAUAUUGAUGUUAGAGAGGAGAAGCAAUUGAAAAAGAGAAGUUCUAUGCCAAAAUUACGUGGUCCAUAUGAGGAGCUUGAGGAGACCUUGGAAGAAGAGCCCCGGUGCUUCAAAAAGAUAGUGGACAGUGGAGUGCAAACUGAUGAUGAAGACGGAGCAGACAGAGGUUAUACAAAUAGGAGACGAAGAAAUAAGAAGAGUGUUGAUACAAGUGUUCAGACGGAUGAUGAAGAUCAAGAUGAAUGGGAUCUUUCUAGCAGAUCCAGAAGGAAGCCUCGUGUAGGGAAAUACAGUGAGAGUACUGCUGAGGCAGACAAAGCUAAACAAUUCUCCAAAGUAUCUAGUAUUGCAGUUCAGACAGUGGCAGAGAUUUCGGUACAAACAGAACCUGUAGGAACAAUAAGAACGCCUUCAAUCAGGGCCCGUUUGGAUGCUAAGGUUGAAAUCAUAAAACACAUUUCAGCUCCAGAAAAGACAUAUAAAGGAGAAAGUUUGGGAUGUCAAACAGAGACAGAGUCAGAUACUCAAAGUCCCCAGUAUCUGUCAGCUUCAUCUCCUCAGAAAGAUAAAAAACGCCCAACACCAUUAGAGAUAGGAUACUCAUCCCACCUUCGUCCAGACUCCACACUGCAGGUAGUCCCUUCCCCUCCCAAAUCUCCCAAAGUUCUCUAUUCACCCAUUUCACCCGUUUCACCAAGCAAAGUUCUAGAGUCAGCAUUUGUACCCUAUGAAAAACCCAUCACUGAUGACAUCAGCCCUCAGAAGAUGCUGCAUGCUGACAUUGCCAAAGUUCCUCCAUCAAGCCCAAAGGCGGCAAAGAUGAUGCAACGCUCUAUGUCUGACCCUAAGCCCCUGAGUCCCACAGCAGAAGACAGUUCAAGAGCUCAGUUUCAGUACACUGAGGGUUACAUGGCAAAAGGUUCUUCAAGCAUAACUCCAUCAGGCACUCAAAAGAAGGUGAAGAGGACUCUGCCCAACCCACCUCCAGAGGAAGCAACAGCAGGAACUCAGUCACCAUAUACUUCUGUGGGAUCAGUUUCACGGAGAAGGAUUUGUAGGACCAACACUAUGGCCAGAGCCAAAAUUCUUCAGGAUAUAGACAGGGAAUUGGAUCUGGUCGAACGUGAAUCAGCCAAGCUUAGGAAAAAGCAAGCAGAGCUAGAUGAGGAGGAAAAAGAAAUAGAUGCCAAACUGAGAUACUUGGAAAUGGGUAUUAAUAGGAGAAAAGAAGCCUUACUAAAAGAAAGGGAAAAGAGAGAGCGUGCCUAUCUCCAAGGAGUAGCAGAAGAACGUGAUUAUAUGUCAGACAGUGAAGUUAAUAAUACUAGGUCAAGCAGAAUAGAAACUCAGCAUGGCUUGGAAAGACCACGUACUGCACCCCAGACAGAAUUUAACCAGUUUAUGCCACCACAAACCCAGCCAGAAACACAGUUUGCCCCUGCUACAAGCCCGUAUGCUCAAUAUCAGUAUUCAUCUCCUGCCCUGCCAACUCAAGCACCAACUCAGUUCACACAGCAAUCACAUUACCAACAACAGCAGCCUUUGUAUCACCAGCAGGUUUCACCCUAUCAAACUCAGACAGCUUUCCAGACAGGAGCUACUAUGUCCUAUACUCCACAGGCUCAACCUCCACCAUCGCAACAGCCGUCAUAUCAACUCCCAUCACAGAUGAUGGUAAUACAGCCAAAGCCAAGACAAGCUACAUUGUAUUUGGAGCCUAAGAUAACAACAAACUAUGAUGUAAUUCGAAAUCAGCCUCUCAUGAUAGCACCAGUUUCAACUGACAAUAAUUAUGCAGUUUCCCAGCUGGGCAGUAAAUACUCUACCUUGGACUUAAGGAUAGGGCUAGAUGAGAGAAACAGCAUAGCAAGCAGCCCUAUAUCAAGCAUAUCUGCAGAUUCAUUCUAUGCAGAUAUAGACCACCACCAUACACCCCGAAAUUAUGUGCUGAUUGAUGAUAUAGGAGAACUUACUAAAGGAACAGGAGCACUUGGUUCCAGUUUUAGCCUCCAUGAGAAAGAUCUGACCAAAACAGAUCGUCUGCUUCGCACAACUGAAGCCAGGAGAGCACAAGAAGUGUCAGACUUCCUAGCACCACUGCAGACUUCUUCUAGGUUACAUUCCUAUGUUAAAGCUGAUGAAGAUCCAAUGGAGGACCCUUAUGAGCUCAAACUUCUGAAACACCAGAUAAAACAAGAGUUCCGUAGGGGUGCAGAAAGUCUUGAUCAUCUGGCUGGCCUGUCACAGUAUUACCACGCAGAGGGCAGCUACAGGCAUUUUCCAAAAUCUGAGAAAUACAGUAUAGGUAGGCUUACUCUUGAGAAACAGGCUGCUAAGCAGCUCCCAGCAGCCCUCCUUUACCAGAAGCAGUCAAAACACAAGAAAGCUUUGAUAGAUCCCAAACUAACAAAGUUUUCACCUAUCCAAGAAAGCAGAGACCUUGAGCCUGACUAUUCAAGCUAUAUGACUUCUAGCACUUCAACACUUGGGGGAAUUACUACUAGGGCAAGGCUUCUUCAGGAUGAUAUCACUUUUGGCCUUAGAAAAAACAUCACUGACCAACAGAAAUACAUGGGGCCAGCACUGACUUCAUCUAUUGGAGCAGGCCUUGGGACUGCACUAGGUCCAACAAUGAGAUCCACAUUACAAGAUGAUUCAGACAAGUCUUACAGCAGUGGUAGUAGAUCUAGGCCCUCAUCUAGACCCUCCUCAGUGUAUGGGCUUGAUUUGUCAUUGAAAAGGGAUUCUUCUAGUUCUUCUUUAAGACUGAAAGCCCAAGAAGCUGAACCCUUAGAUGUUUCCUUUAGCCAUGCUGCACCUUCUGGAAGAACUAAACCCACCAGUCUACCUAUUAGCCAAAGCAGGGGAAGGAUCCCUAUAGUAGCACAGAACUCAGAGGAGGAGAGCCCACUAAGUCCUGUUGGCCAGCCAAUGGGAAUGGCAAGAGCAGCAGCUGGACCCUUGCCACCAAUUUCUGCAGAUACCAGGGACCAGUUUGGAUCGAGCCAUUCAUUACCUGAGGUCCAGCAACAUAUGAGGGAGGAGUCACGGACUCGAGGCUAUGAUCGAGACAUAGCCUUCAUCAUGGAUGACUUCCAGCAUGCAAUGUCAGACAGUGAAGCCUAUCAUCUCCGUCGUGAAGAAACAGAUUGGUUUGACAAGCCCAGAGAGUCUCGUUUGGAGAAUGGACAUCCCCUUGACAGAAGGCUGCCAGAGAAGUUGUCCCACUCUCGACCACCAAGUCAGCACCAAGAUCAAAUAAGCUGUCAAGUAAAUGGGAAACCCCUGCAGUACAUUUUCCCUCAUGCAAGGCUCAAACUACUGAGAGACCCAAAGGAUCACACAGUUUCAGGCAAUGGGCUGGGAAUCCGAGUUGUAGGUGGGAAAGAAAUUCCAGGAAGCAGUGGGGAAAUUGGAGCUUACAUUGCCAAGAUCUUGCCUGGGGGCAAUGCAGAGCAGACAGGGAAGCUGAUAGAAGGAAUGCAGGUGCUGGAAUGGAAUGGCAUCCCCUUGACUGGGAAAACUUAUGAAGAAGUCCAGACCAUUAUUAUUCAACAGAGUGGGGAAGCAGAAAUAUGUGUAAGACUGGACCUGAACAUGCUCUCAGACUCUGAGAAUCCCCAGCACCUGGAGCUGCAUGACCCAGUAAGGGCAGUAGAUAAAGCGAAGUCCCCAGGGGUUGAUCCCAAGCAGCUGGCUGCAGAGCUCCAAAAGGUUUCUCUGCAGCAGUCGCCCCUGGUUGCUUCAUCAGGAGUGGAAAAGGGAUCUCAUGUUCACUCUGGAACCACUUCUGCCACCUCUAGUGCUGUUCCCAGCCCUGGUCAGCCUGGUUCUCCCUCAGUGAGCAAAAAGAGGCACAGCAGCAAGCCCACAGAAACUAUGAAGUCUGCUUCCCAUCCAAUCACUGGAGAGAUUCAGCUUCAAAUCAACUACGACAAACACCUUGGCAACCUUAUCAUCCACAUCCUUCAGGCAAGAAAUCUUGCUCCCAGAGACAACAACGGGUAUUCAGACCCCUUUGUUAAAGUUUAUCUUCUUCCAGGGAGAGGACAAGUCAUGGUUGUCCAAAAUGCAAGUGCUGAGUACAAGCGGAGAACUAAGUACAUACAGAAAAGCUUGAAUCCUGAGUGGAAUCAGACGGUCAUUUACAAAAAUAUCUCCAUGGAGCAGCUGAAAAAGAAAACACUGGAAGUGACUGUCUGGGAUUAUGAUAGAUUCUCCUCGAAUGACUUCCUUGGUGAAGUAUUGAUCGAAUUAUCCAGUGUCUCUCAGCUUGACAACACUCCUCGGUGGUACCCUCUGAAAGAACAGAGUGAAAACACUGAUCAUGGGAAAGCUCAUUCUGGACAGAGCAGCCAGCAAUCUCCAAAACCAUCUGUCAUCAAAAGCAGAAGUCAUGGAAUCUUCCCAGACCCUUCCAAGGACAUGCAGGUGCCCACCAUUGAGAAAUCCCACAGCAGCCCCGGGAGCUCCAAAUCUUCCUCCGAAGGACAUCUACGCUCUCAUGGUCCAUCUCGCAGCCAAAGCAAAACCAGCGUCACUCAAACUCACCUCGAAGAUGCUGGGGCAGCCAUCGCCGCUGCUGAAGCAGCUGUCCAACAGCUUCGCCUUCAACCAACAGCACAUAAAAGCGGUCAGUCUAAUCAUGCCAGGAAGCAGCACAGACACAGCAUAGCAGGAGUCCUCCCUAUUCAAAGAACUCAGUCUGACAAUCUGCCUCCACCAGCCAAUGACAACAAAGACCAAAGCCAACUAGCCCUCAGGAAAGUGAUGUCUGAUGGACCAGUCAAGCCUGAAGGAGCAAGGUCUACUAAUCACCGACCUGCAGAAAGUUCUGUCUCCACUGGCUCGUCAGCCAGUAGCUUUGGCAGUGGAUACAGCAUGGAUAGUGAAGGCAGCAGCAGUGCCACAGGAGAGAAUAAUCUAUUCCCCAUCCCAAGAAUAGGGAAGAUGAGCCAGAAUGGACAAGAACCAGUAAAGCAGUCAGGAGUAGGAUUAACCGAUGCAGAAGGUAAAACACAGGUUAUGGGUGAAAUCAAGAUUGCAUUAAAGAAGGAAAUGAAGACAGAUGGAGAACAGCUGAUAGUAGAAAUCCUUCAGUGCAGAAAUAUCACAUACAAAUUUAAAUCUCCAGAUCAUCUACCAGACCUGUAUGUGAAGCUGUAUGUUGUCAAUAUGUCUACCCAAAAGAGAGUAAUUAAGAAGAAAACCAGGGUAUGCAGACAUGACCGAGAGCCUUCAUUCAAUGAAACAUUUAGAUUUAGCUUGAGUCCUGCUGGGCAUUCUCUUCAGAUUCUUCUUGUCUCCAAUGGAGGGAAGUUUAUGAAAAAGACACUGAUUGGGGAAGCUUAUAUCUGGCUUGACAAAGUGGAUCUAAGGAAAAGAAUAGUAAACUGGCACAAACUGUUGGUCAGCUCCUCACAAACACACUGAGCAGAGAUGUCUGCUUAGGGCACAAAAUCUGCAGAGUCUGCUAUAAACAGCAUCACUCCAAGACUAUAGUUUGAUAUCAUUGUGUUUAGCUAGUCUUUCAGAAUACAAAGUAGAAAAGAGCAGUCUCUGGGCUACAUAGCACACUUAAAUGAGGGCUAGUACACUUGUUUUGCUGCAAAAGACAGCAAAGGUAAAAGAAAACCUGGGCCCAGAAGUUAAAGUGAGGCUGUUUGAACUGAAGACUGACACGAGGGCUCGGUGGUGUUGGACUCUUUGUGAAGAGAGUAACUGUGAAGGAAAUAAUGAAGGCUGGAAGGCAGGUGUUAAUGCAGAGUUCAGCUGCAUCUGGAGGUAGUGUGAUGGGAAGAGCAGUCUGGUUUUCUGUGCCACCAGAAGGAGAUCACUUUAUGCAAAAGCACUUAGGGUGACUGACUUUCCAGAUCUCACUUAUCAGAAGUGCAAAACUUGUUCCUCUGCACCUUAAGAUCUCUGAUUAUUUGCUGUAGUGAGAUUAUGCCACUUGACACAAACUGCAAGAUGUGGUAAUGUUAUUUUACAUUAUUUUUUCCUUUAUUUUUCCUUCAAAAACUAUGCUGCGGAGAAUCAGAUCUGAUUGUUUCACUUGUUUCUGUGUGUGAACAAUGAAUAUAAACCACUGUCCUGAAAUGUAACAGAUAAAAAUAUAUUAAUGGUCUAUAAUUUGGGAUAUGGUUUUAAAGAAAAAGGACAGGACAUAAAGUGCACUACAACAGGAAGAAAAAAAUGCUGUUUCAAUGUCAGUGACACUGUACUUCACCUUACCCUUUGAAUCAGCAGUUUUUAAAAAGUUUGGAAUUGAAGAGACUUAAGCACUGGGACUAACACCAUUAUCCCAACUAGCCCUUCCACUUUCAGCAACCAGUCUUUAUUGAAACUGUACGGAGAUGAUGAAUUCUAGACUAUUUCGUGGGCACUUUGGAGCAGUGGACCCAGCGUGCUAACAUCAACCCACUCGGUGCAGGGCUCUGUAUCACACCAGUGACACACUUGAAAUCUAAAGGGAAAGGAUAGCAAGGAAGUUACUGCCUGGAUACUGUUGCAUUAGAACAAAUUAAGAACAUCCUUUUGCUAUCUCAGGUGAAUGUCUGAGUAUAAUCCACUCAAUGGUGUGGCUUCUCAGUUAGGAAAAAAGUAAAUAGGAAGGUAACUUGCAACUGUGUCAGCGCUUCCAUGCUCAGAGUCCCACUUUCAGGGGCUUGAAGCCAAGCAGUUAGAUCACUUGGGAAGAAACUACUGCCUGGGGUGGCUUAAGCUGGUGGUUGUGUUUUCCAUUGUACCAUUUUUGAAGAGGAUGGGAGGGUUUUUUCUCCCAUUCCUAAAAGUAUGGUAGUUUCUUUAAAAAACAAGAAUCAAUAUGGUACUAAAUCCGAUGUUGCUCAGAAGUCAUUUAAUAUUUCACAGCUUCAUUGAAAAGUUGUUUCCCUGAGAAUAUUACCUCAUGACCUUUGCAUAUUUAAAAUGAAAAUGACCAGAUUUCUGUGCUUCAGACAUUUCUUUUUCUUGUCCAAUAAGGACUUUUCACAAAUUAAUUAAUGUAAUUCUUAUAUUUUCUGAAUGUAUGUAGUACACUUCCACAGGUUGUGCAAGACCAACUUCUUCUGGAAAAUAAUACAUGCAUUUAAAGAAAGAAAAAAUAAGGCUCAGUUUAUUCAGAAGCUGGACUGACCGUGAAAAAAUUUACACCAUUUAAUCUGGCGACACUGCCCACAUAUAGUUUUUGAUUUAUCUUUUUCAACUUAAAAUCAUACUGUUGAAAAGGAAUAUGAGAAGAAACACACAGAAGAUAUUAAUGUUAUACACACCAAGGAAACUCCUGUUAAAUUAUCUAUAACCUGCUGGUAGCCUGCUUAUGUUGCAAGCAGAACAAUUUUAUCAAAAUCUUAUUAGCUGUCUUAAAAACACAAUGUCACUGACAGUGGAAGUAGGAUGUGUGCUUCAAUGUUGAAUUUUAUGCUUUCACCAGUAUAUGUAUACCCUACCUCUCAUAUAUUUUGAAAACAGUCCUCUGGAGUUAUUGUAAACAUCCUAUAUGUUUUGAUGUUGUGUAUGUUUUUAUAAGAAGGUAAAUACUUCAAAGAAAAAAAUCCCCAAUCGAACCAAAAAGUCCUAUGUGGGUAUAUUCAACGUAUGUGUUGCUCUUUUGGUGGGUUAUUUUGCAUUUCUGAUGACUAUGGCAUGUUCUUUCCUUGGAAAAAAUACCAAAAAACACUCCCCAACUUCUAGUUUCAAUUACUGUGUGAAGUACAAGCCGUAAGGUGGGCAAUUUUGUGCAAACUGCUGGUAAUUUUGUUCUUGCUAAGAUGUGUUAUAAAGACAGCAAGUCAUGCUGGUAGUUGCUAUGGAGAUUUCCAGCAGGAACAGGCACUAUCUGGCUGCCUUACUGGGAAACCUGUAAUCAUCACUCUUAAUUGAGAAAUUGGACGGGCGUGCUUUGCUCUCACACACAUACAAAUGUGGCCAAUGUUUUUCUGCAGUAGUUGUAUUGGGUGAUAUAGCUGUGGCUGUACGGUACAGCUACCUUUGUAGGGUAAUCAGCUGUCAGCAACUGGUUUAAUUCAAGCAUCUCUGAUUCUCUGAACAACACACAAAAUGUUUCUGCAUAUUGAAAUGGCAGUUUUGUACUCCUGUCAUGAAAUGCAAAGAAUAGUUUGUCAGGAAUGCAGCACUGCCUUGGCCAGCUGCAGCAAGGAUGGGGCUCCUUUGGUGUCGCACAGGAUGAGCUAGUGACAGACCUGGGCCCACGCACUCCCUCUUUUCCGAUGCAGCAUCAUUCAGAGGUCAGAGGAUGCUUCCAAAGUGUGCCAAGUUCCUUCUUUUGACCAAAUUUCUAGGUUGUACUGGAAUCACUCUAUGCAACACAGAUUCAUGUUUGAAUGCAUUUUUUUUCCCUUUUUUUUCCCCCUUGUUUUAUGAGUGGUCAGGAAAAACUCUCUUGUGACAAUGUUUUUUAAAGAAUAAUCAAACAAGGACUAUUAGUAUUUUUUUACUUUUUUGUAUAUAUCUCAGUAUAUUUUUUUUCACUUUUUUUCUCAUUAAGUUUUGUUUCUUUUAUCUGGCCAAAAGUGCUUAGAUGUGGCAACAGCUUUUAUAAUUUCUGAGUGAUUGAUUAGUAGUGAGUUCACACAUUUCUACGAUUGCUUUGAAGACACGUAUCACAGGGAAGCAACAGCAGAGGCAUUUUAACUUUUUUUAUUCAUAAAUCUACUGAGUCGACAGAGAUAGAAGCUGCUUCUUUGUUAAAGGCCUUGUAUAGUGGAAACAAGCUGAAAAAUGAGCAAAAGCACAGUGUGUGUGUUUACACAUGACAGGGAUUUCUAACGUUAUCAUUAUUAUUAUUACGCAUACAGUGUAGCAAACAGCCACUUUUUUUUUUUCCUGGGUUAAAACUAGACAUGAGAGUUUCUAUGAUGAAUGUUGAACUAGCUGUUUAUCAUUACACUUUAAAGGGAUAGUAUCCAGGGGCAAUGAGGGCUGCUCCUUUAUUAUUACCCAUGUUUUUUACAUUACAUGGAUCCUGUGUGGAAGAAACAAAAAUCCAAUCCAAACUAGUUCAAGUCAAUAACACCCGAUCUGUUGAAUGAAACUGGCUUGAAAUAAAAACCUAGGAAAUUUUUGAGUUAUUUUUCUGAAUGCUGGGUGUUUGCAUGAUUAGGUUGUGGGAUAUGGUAGCUGGUAACCAGCUGAUAUUGAUUCUUACUUUGAGGAUGAUGAUGAAGAAAAAGAAGACAUCUAUUAUAUUGUAAGCUAGUGUGUGCCCAAUAGAGAUUAUUUAAUUAGGAAUUAGUUUCAUGGAGAUAUCAUAAAGAUGUUAAUAGUAUUUUUUUAAAUUAUUAUUUGAAUCAUAACUGACACUAUUUUAAGUACUUUAUUUUCAUUGCUACAAUGUUGAAUGUCCCAGAUUUCAUUAUUUGAGUAUAUAUCUAGAUAUGUACAUACAUAUGUGAAUAACAGAGAAAAUUUGCAUUUGUGUGAGUGUAACUUAUAAAGGUAAUGAAACAGAAAGGAAAUUUAGUGUAAGUAUCCAUCUACAUUAUAUUUAAAUACUAGCCCUAAAUGCCUUGUGCAUUUUCAGUACACGUGGCAUGUAGGAUCAGUUACUCUUUAUGAAUACAUGUUGCCUUCAGAAGGAAAAUAGAAAGAAUAAGUGAAACCGGAUACUCUCUCUUUAAAUCAUAAGAAGCAUUUUAAUGUUUUCUAUAUGUUUGGUUUUAUUAUUUUGAAAAGAUUAAUAAGCAAAUAUAUUAAUGAGCUCAAAAAUUAUAAUAUAUAGAGAUAUCCAUAACGCAAAAUAGAUUAUUUGAGCGAAAGCCGUUUUCUUAAUUUGUUACCCUGUAAAUAAGUAUACAUUUUUGUAAAACAAACUGAGUUCAACUCAUUAACUCCAUUUGACAUCUAAGCAUGUGAAUGUGUCCUUAUUUCAUUGUAUCUUAUAGAUGUUCAGUGGCGUGCUCAGGUGCUCAACAAUGGCUGACUAGCGUGUGUGCUGUCAUGCUACAGACAACGUGUACAGCAUACCCAAUGUUUAAAAAUAUCCCAAAACACCAAAAAAACCCCACAAAAACAAACAAAAAAAAAAGAUUAGUCCUUGGAGAAAUGUAAUGUUUCCACAGUGAAUGUUGCAUGCAUAGGUGGUGGUUUGUUGAUACUCAUUUUGUUUUGAAUUUCUUUUAAUUUUCAUUUUUCUUCCAGAUUCAUCAGGAAAAAAAAAAAAAAAACCAACCAAAAAACCAUAACAGACCUGUUCUAAAAGUUGUAAAAACUGAAACAAAAGCAGUAUGAAAAUUGUAUAAAAAUGCUUGUAAAUCUGUCUCAGUUUUCACUUUAUGUAUAAAUCCAUGUCAUGGUUUUGUGAUUGUAUACAGGAUGUAUCUUGAGAACUUAUGCAAAUUGUGCUCUAUAAAGGCUGUUAUCCCAGUCUGACAAAUAAAUAUUUAAAAUAUC